UAUUCGGACGUUAUCAAUUCGCUUGAUCUCUUGCCUAACCAAAAUUAAUAUUUAAAGUAAUGUAAAAUGUAUAUAAGCAUGAACGAAAAUUGCGAUGUUGGUUUUCAAAAUUUAUUACUACAAACAAGAACAGUAAUUAUUAUUAUCGCGUUACGAGUUUUAGGUGAGUGUUAGAGUGAUUCCGAUAUUUAAAAGACUGUUGGGAUUGGUUUUACGAAGAACGUGAAUUUAAAACAAGACGUGGAGUAAUUUAGAUAAGUUUGGUUCAAAGACUACAUAGCCGAGUCGAACAAACAAGGUUAUUAUGAGAGCAGGAAUGAUUUGGAUCGCAUUUGUAGAGCCGGAAAAUGAGAAAUAAUAGGCCGAUAGGUGUCAGGAGCGCCAAGCGAAUCACUUUUACAUUGCUGGUUGCUGGUUUUCUGGGUAUAUCGACGGAGCGAGAGCACAAGGUUCACAACAUAGUUCUGUAUCCAGAAAAACACUCUUGGUGCCAGCUCACCCCCAUCCAACAAAUAAUUGCAUCCCCUGGUUACGAGUCCGUGACAAUAGAUAAUAAUGUUUGCGUGGGAGCGUGCUACAGCUACUCGAUACCUAAAACGCAGCCUGCAGAACCCGGUGAACUAAUAGGUCCGUAUUGCGAUAGCUGUCAACCGUCAGAAAUCAAAUGUUACCAUGUGAACCUGAAGCAAAUAGACAAAAACGUAGAAACGCCGAUUCUACAGAAACGCGUCCAGAUAAUUACCAACUGCUCCUGUCAGAGUUGCGACAAGAUUCGGACGGAAGAUUGUGAAAUAACAGAUGGAAACACACUAGAACUACCACAAAAUCUGUUCACAAUCGAAAAAAACUCCAACAGAAGCGCCAGCGAAGAAAUACCAGACAUCCUCGAAACUAAUAACACGCAGCAUAUUACUUUGACGACUGACAACGACAUCAAAAAGCAGAAGUACAAGAAAUGGUUCGAAAGUCACCAGAAUGAAAUUGAACGUGAUGAUAGCUCGGACUUGUACCGAUUAUUUUUGAAGCAAAACAGAGAAAACAACAUAAAAAUAGAAGAAGAUUUGUCCCAGCCAGAUUUACCUAUUAAUUUUAGGUUAGAAGGAGCCCAUACGGGGUUGAAAGGUACUCACAUAGCGAUGGGUAUUUUACCGAAGUCGAUAGAGAGCUCGUCGGAUGAAGAUACUGAGAAUGGAGACGAAGAAAGUUCAGAAACGAGCUCUGAAAGGAUUCAAAUGCAUCCUAAUGAGGUGGGGAUUUUACCUUCAGUGGAAGCAAAACAUGACAAUGUGCAGUCAGGUGAACUUGACGUGUUGAGUGCCUCGAAGCAUCAUCAAAGACAUCACCAUGUCGGGGAAGAGGACCUCAUUGGUAUGAAUGUGGUACAUAUGAUAAAGGGCCCGCACGGUAGUCUAGUGGCGGCGCCAGUUGAAGCAAAGUUUCAGAUAGAUUCUGACGCUCUCCAGCCCAAUAGCGAAGGGGUCGUCAUCGACUAUAACACCGCCGAAAGAAAAUCUCAAAACAAAAUUGCGGAACUUUUUGAUAAUUAAAAAUUAAUUUAAAAAAAAAACGUAAAUGUUUUCGAUAUUUUGAAAAACGAAAUGAAAAAAAAAUAUAUCGAAAUCAUUUACCGUUUUGGUUUUUCAAUGCAAAAUGUUUUCCUAAAUGUCUAAAAAUAUAAAGACGAAAAAUUGUGGUUUUAAAAAUUCAUAUUACGUAUUUAAUCAUGGUAGUUUAAUGUUAUUUGGUUUUUUAUGUUAAUUUGUUUAAAAAAUAAUAAAUUUAAUACAAAUUCAUACUUGAGGCUAUGUAAACGGAUUAGCAUAAAAAACGUUUGAAUCUAGUCUCAAAAUUUUAACAUUUACAAUAAUUAUUUAAAUAUAAAAUAGACAUAUUAAAUGAAAUAAUCAAGUUUGGUUGAUUUCUCAGAUUUCAGUGUCCCCAGUUUUUACUAAUAAAGAAAACAUAUUGUCAAAUAUACAAACCUUUUUGUUGUUAUAAAAUAACGUAAAACGAAAUGACCAAAUUUGAUUUUUUUUAGCUGGUACUUUGUGUCUUAUCAUUUUUAAAUAAUUGACGAUAUACAAAGUUAUUUUGUUGUUCUCCUACUAUAUACGUUCCCACAAUUUUAGUUUCAGUUCUUGUACAGUAAUAACUAGUUUUUUUUGCAAAUUCAAUACUAUUCCAGUAUUUUAAAAGGGCUGUAAGCAUAUACAAAUUUAUCAUCUAAGAUUUCAGACAAUCGUACAUCUAAUAAUGAAUGGUUUAUUCUUUUUUUUCCUACUGAAUCUCGAGUAUUUCUUAAUUAUGAAUCAGAUGUGAUUUCGUUGAUUCUUUAAAUUGAGAUUACUAUAACGAAACUAGAGGGAAUUUUUUUAUAUUUUUGACAUUUUUACAAAAAGUAAUCUCAUGAUAAAACAAAACAAAUCAUAAAAUUCUUAUAAAAAUCUAUGUUGACUUUAAAUAUUUAAGAGACAAAGUACCCGUUUCUAGGUUAAUAAUAUCUAUAAGUACCUAAAAUAAAAUUUUAGGAAUAGUACCUUAAAUUUUAUUUAUAUUAGUUGAUGUGUUAAUAUUUACAAUUAUGAAUAAAUUCUAAAAAAAUAUUUUUAAUCUUUAUAAAGGCGCGUCCACACCAAUAAAAUUGUGUGUUGUGCAUUGAAUUUUUAAUUCAGCAAAAAUAUUUGCGGCAAAAAAUUUGUUUUGUUUACGAUAUUUUUCGACGAAAAGUUUUGUUUUGUUUUGUAUCCAUUUUCUUUGGAGCAGGCGGAGCAUUAUUUUUUUUAAGAGAUACGUAGUAUGUUCUGUUAAUCACCAAGCAUUGUACUAAUUAUUAUGAAGUGGAAUACCGAACAUUCAUUGCUUUUGAUAAAAGAGUAUGAAAAGUAUCAGUUGCUGUGGUAUUCAAAAUAUAAAGACCAUUUCAACAAACUAAAGAAAAUUGAUGCAUGGAGAGAAAUUGCCAAAUCUUGUAAUAUGGACAUAGAUGAAGUGCUAUAUUGAAAACAUUGUUUUGUUCAAUAACAUUUUUUUUAUUUUUUUAUUAUUAUGAAGUAUAGACAAUAAUGUGAAAAUUGCACAUUUCUUCAUUAAAUUUGGAUACAUGACGGCACAUUCCUAAUCGAAAUAAUUCAACUUUUUAAAACUUCACAGAUCUCUUUGAAGUUGAUACAAAAACCCCCAGGCUGAUGGAUAGCGUUCGUUGUAUGUGAAUAAAAUAUUUGUGUGCGUUUUUAUGCGGUGCUAAGUACACAUCUACGUACAUUUUAACACAAAAAAUCUUGCGUUAAAUACAACGCACAACGAAAAAAUUUAUUGAUGUGGACCCGCCUUAAGAUUUGUUUUUCUGUUACCGCAAAAAUUAUGCAAAACAUUUUACACUUUUCUUGGUCAAAAUAUUAUGGCCAAAUAUGUUUAUAAUUUAUAAAAAAAAUUGUUUGCCAUAAUUUGUUUAUUUGAAUUCUUUAAUACAGUAUUCUUUGUAAAAGUUUCUUUAUAGCUCACCAGUAUACAGAGUGUACAUACAAGCUACGAAUCGUUAUCAAUAAAAACCAUGAAUUAAGUUAACGAGUGCCAUACAAAUUCAGUACAUAAAAAUUCACUUACAUAAAAUGUUUUUGACACCCUUAUAGAUGAAUAUGAAUAGAUUUGUUGUAUGAUUAGUUUUUCUUAUUUUCUAAAUAUAUUUAAUUUUUUACUAUUUAUUGUUACACUCUGUAUCUAGAAAAAUUUUGAAGACACUGUGUGCCAGAAUGUGUAAUUUAUACAUACAUAUAUAUAUUUUUAUAUUAGCAAGUACAUAUACUUUCUACAAUAAAUAUACGUAAACUAAUAGUCCAUAUAAUAAGUUUUUACAUAAUUUUUAAAUGUAUUUUUAUUACUUUAAUUCUUUUUACAUACAGCUUUAUAUUUUCAGUACAAAGUUUUAUAUACAAGAUGAAAUCUAUGUUGAAAAUUUGCCAUAACUGAUUGAUUCUUUUUAAUUAAAUCGUUUUAGUAUUUUUAUUUCGGUUUUAAACACAAUUUGUACAUUAAAUAAAUUUGAUUGCAAUUAUAUAUUAUGCAGUUAUAUAAGUUAAUUCUGAAAACCCUCCUUUGAUUUUAGAAAUUUGUAAUAAAUGUAAAUACUUCUAAAUUAUUUCAAUUGGCUGUGUGUCUCCUUUAGUCAAAACAACCCAUUUUUUAUUUCUGUUAUAUAUUUUAUCUCUAAAUGUAUUAUCAUUUUAUUCCUUUAUUUCUUUUUUGUAUCUUAUUUAACUCGAAUAA